UCAUUCUAACCUCGCAACGGUGGUUCACCGCCACCUCCUCUCAAGAAACCGGUGUCGCUGACGUAGUGCCCUGUCUAGAACCCGGAUGGAGCAGCCAUUGGGGGAAGUGUACAGGGCCUGUCGCUAACUGAGGAGGGAUCUCUGGAGUGAAACAAAAAAAAGACGCUAAAGAUUCAACCGUGGACAAGUAUUGUACCGGAUCCAAUAACAACAUUCUGUGGAGAUCUGGAAAUAAUAUCCGGACUUGUUUACCUUUGGACAUUCGGACCCUAUAAGACUGAGACUUGAACUGUGGAAGUUGAACUGGGGAUAGCUAACUACGUGUAGCGGAAAAACACUUUAGCUAACGUUAACUGAGCUGAGAACAAUCGAAACCCGGGGCCCCAGAUACAUUAUAGUGACCAGCUAGGCUCCGUGCGAAUCCAGGGACUUACUUGAUGAAUUAUGUCCGCCACAAGCAUUGACCCUCAGAGAUCAAAGGGACAAGCAUCUAAAGUGCAAAACGGUUCACUGCAUCAGAAGGAGACUGUCCACGACAAUGACUUUGAGCCGUACCUCACUGGCCAAUCAACCCAGGUGCGUGACUGGCCGCAGAGCAACAGCUACCAGUCCAUGACUGACCCCUACCUGUCCAGCUACUACGCCCCCUCCAUCGGCUUCCCCUACCCCCUCAACGAGGCCCCUUGGUCCACUGGCGGAGACCCCCCCAUCCCUUACCUCACCCCCUACGGACCCUUGAGCAAUGGAGACCACCACUUUAUGCCCGACACCAUGUUUGGCCAGCCUGGAGGGCUUGGGAACAGUAUUUACCCCCAUCGUUUUAACUUUUUCCCUGAGAACCCGACCUUCUCCACCUGGGGCACCAGUGGCUCCCAGGGCCAGCAGACUCAGAGCUCAUACGGGGGUAGCUAUAGCUACCCUCCCAGCUCCCUGGGGGGCACCCUGGUGCCUGACAGCCAGACAGGCUUCCACAGCGACACCAUCAACAAGGCCCCAGGCAUGAACAGCCUGGAGCAGGGCAUGGUGGGCCUAAAAAUCGGUGGUGACAUCACAGGCCAGGGGUCAGGGGUCAAGGCUGUGGGCUCUGUGAUUGGUGGACCGGUGGCGCAGGGGAACGGGGGUACGCCCAUCGGUAUGCCCCUGCCCAAGCCCACCUCAUGGGCGGCCAUUGCCAGUAAGCCGGCCAAGCCCCAGCAGCUGAAGGCCAAGAUGAAACCAGGCAUGUCCAGCCCUGGGGGAGCCCUGCCCCCUCCGCCCAUCAAACACAACAUGGACAUCGGCACCUGGGACAACAAGGGGCCUGUGAAUAAAGUGGCCCAAGCCCCCAUGCAGCAGGCUAUGAGCAUGCCACUUGGUCACCCCAUGCAGCCCCCUCCCCAGUCCCUGGUGCAGCAGCAGAUCCAGCCCAUGGCCUUACAGCACCAGCACCAGCCCCCUCAACCCUACCAGAACCAAACCCCACCACCCCAGACCCGCUGGGUUGCCCCGCGCAACCGUAACUUCGGCUACGGGCAGGUAGGGGCCGGAAUGGAUGGUGGCAGUAUGAUUGCCGUAGUUGGCGGGGGUAACGGUGCCCCCCUCGGUCCUGCCAGUAUGGUACCCGGUGGAGCAGAGAACCACCCGGUGCUGGAGAAGCUGCGUGCGGCUCACAGCUACAACCCCAGGGAGUUUGAGUGGAACCUGAAGAACGGCCGCGUGUUCAUCAUCAAGAGCUACUCUGAGGACGACAUCCACCGCUCCAUCAAGUACUCCAUCUGGUGCAGCACCGAGCACGGCAACAAGCGCCUGGACGGGGCCUUCCGCGGCCUCAACUUCAAGGGACCCGUCUACCUGUUGUUCAGCGUCAACGGCAGUGGCCACUUCUGCGGCGUGGCAGAGAUGCGCUCUCCCGUGGACUACGGCACUAGCGCUGGCGUGUGGGCGCAGGACAAGUGGAAGGGUAAGUUUGAUGUGGACUGGCUGUUUGUGAAGGACGUGCCCAAUAGCCAGCUGCGCCACAUCCGCCUGGAGAACAACGACAACAAGCCGGUGACCAACUCCCGGGACACCCAGGAAGUGCCUCUGGAGAAGGCCAAGCAGGUGCUGAAGAUCAUCAAGGGUUACAAGCACACCACCUCCAUCUUCGAUGACUUCUCCCACUAUGAGAAGAGGCAGGAGGAGGAGGAGGAGGUGCGCAAGGUCUUUGAGCCACCUGCACCCAUCCAGAACCGGUCUCGACUGGAUCAGGAGUGCCAAAACAGGAGUAAACAACAGUAGAAGACAUUUAUCCUUGGCUUGAUCCACAUUUACACUAGGACUUUUGAUUUCAAAGACAGAAGAAUUCAGAAUUUAUUUUGAAAAAAUAAGUCAUUUUUUAAAUAUUUAAUCCUGGUGAAUUUCUGCCACCGCCGUUAAGACUUGCGUUUUGUGCUCCAGGUACCACCCACCACCUCUUGUGCAGGGAUAACAAGCUGAUUUAAUGUAUUACCUAGCCACCACCACUGCACUGUUUUAGUUCUGAUUGACUUAGAUUUUUACGUUCUCUCCGUCAUGUACUCUUUCUCGUCAGACUGGGUUGGUUUUGACCUUUCCUGCCCCCUUCCCUCCCUUCUCUUGCUCAAAUUGAAUCAGGGUUUGACAGCACCAAGGAGAAGAGAAUGUCUGCCACUUUAUUUCUGUCCAAUCAGGAACUGCCAUGUCCUGCCCCUGUUUGUCCAUUAGGGGGCGGUGUUGCCAUGCUUCAGAGGUUUAACUGUGCCAACAGGGUUGGAGGAUCCCAAAGGCAACAUUUUCGGACUUGGAACUGUGUGCGAUUAAUAAGACUUCAAUGGUUUAUCUAUUUUUCAUUCAAGAUCAACAAAGUCUAUAUUUUUUGGCUUACUAUUGACAAUUUUCAGUUCAGAAAGCUGCUUUUCUGGAGCCUUAAUAUGUUAUUUUCUAGUUAUUGAUGACAUGUAAAAAGAACUGCUCUUUAAUAACUGACAGUGCUGGAGAAAUCAGGGAUAGUGUGAAGUCACAGACUCUGGACAUUUCACAGGAGUAAGUGCAAAGGCCUCUGGGAAGUAAGUAACUGAUGUGUGUUCUCCAGGAUGACGGAGCUCUCACCAUCUGAAUCCAAAAUUGUACAAUUUUACAUCCCUCAUACCCCUCCACUUUGGUUUGUUUUGAUAAAUGACGGUUUUGUAUGUUUCAUCAUUGGGAGAUUCUGUUCACGUAUUCAAGCCAGUCUGAGAGAAAUGUAGCAUUCACCAUUUAAAAAAAUAUUUUUUAAUUAUGUGACGUAACUGCUACAUAUGAAUGAAUUGUUUGUUGCUCUUUUUGGGAAAAUCACUUCGGUUAAUUGUCCGUUGGCCAUCAUUUUGUCUUAAUCCUUUGUUUUGUUUGACUUUUUUUGCUUCUCAAAAUGUGGUUUUGCUAUAAAUCCAGGGCUCUACGCUGACUUAAAACAUUUUUUUUUACAAGGAUCACGUGUGUGCUUUAGUUGAAAAAUGUAGGAGCACACAAAGAAAUGAUUUAGGAGCACAAUGAAAAAAUGAUUGAAAUAACAAGCCGUUUUCUUUGUUGUAAUGGUGCAAGCAUGACUGUCAUGAAUCUGCGCUCAGUGAGUUCUCCAUGGCACCCAGGCGCUGUGGUACAGUGAAGUAUCAUUGCAACAGCUAUCAUCUGGGUGGGUUUUCUUUCUAAGUGCACUGGUGCUCCUAAAUAACAUUUCCAGGUCGCUCAGUAAAAUAUUUAGGCGGUUGAAAUGGUUGCGCUGUCGAGCCCUGAAAUCUAUCAUUUCCUUUGUAAUGCUAAGCUUUAACUUAGGAACAUAUAGUGACGGAGAAAGCCUACAACGUAUAACCUGCAAAUAAUGUAACUGAUUUACUAUCAAGAGUAAGAAAAAAACAAAAACAAGAACGAAAUAUGCUUUCUGUGUUUUUCCUUGUUGCCGAAAAUGUGUGUGUGCUUUUAGAAUGGAGUCAUUUGAUUAAUAUAUGAAAGAGAUUGAUUGGGGGUUGAACAUUGAAAGUAUCUCUCUAAUUAAUCGCCUACAAUGCGUAAUCAUGCAGGCUGUCAACAGGUUAAAGCUGGAAUCUGCAUUAGGUGAAACCGCGCCGCAUUUGUUUAUGAAAGGACUGAAGCAUCCAGCAGCACCUUGAUAACAUAUAUCAUCAUAGACCAGACCAGAAGAGUACGUACUAUCGCGGGUGCAGUGAUGUGCAUUGAUGUAUGAGGGGAAACGAACCGUGUUCAUUGUUUUGAAGUAAUGUAUUUGUUUUAAUAUCGCAGAAGGAGCUACGGAUUCCAACUUUAAAUACCAUACAAUCCUUUGAGUAGUGCUUACUGCUUUUCAAUGUUUUCUGUCAUUUUAUGCCACGUGUCUGUGAACACUUGGACAGGACAGAGUGCUAAUGAAAGUAAUGACAUGGAUGUGAAUGCUGUCGCUCCACUGUACAUGAGCAUGAACUCGUCUCUUGUGUUCAUGAAGUUGUGUAACUUGCGAUGUGCGUGGAUCAGUUCCAGACUUGCUGGAUGUGUGGUGCUCGAUUGUGUCUGUCACCACAGUCCCUUCUCAGAUGUUGGUUUUGUCUGUACUCUGUAGCGUAGCUGCCCCUUUACCUGGCCAGUGUAGUGUAUAAUUCUCGUAUGACUGGAGACAUGACCUAUGACCUUAUACAGGGGACACCCUGGGUGCAUCUCAAUUUAGGGAGAAUCUCAAUUGCAUACUCGUCCUCUUUUUGCCUCUUCAAAACCCGUUGGAGAAGGUCAGAGGGGCGGGACCUAUGGCUUUCUCAUCCAAUGGGUUCUGAGAAGGAGAUGACGAGAGGGGACGCUAGGAGUAUGCAAUUGAGAUUCUUCCAGUCUAAAGUGACUUCCUUCCUCUCCUUGAUCUGCACUAAUGUGAAAACACAGUGUUAAAGCCAUAUGGGUGGAUGCCUUGCAUGGUGUUUCAGUCCUCUUUCACACCAGUAUAGAUAAAGAAGACAAGUGGAGAAAGCUACUUUACCCUAUAGACAUGCAUCACUGUUGCCUUUCUUUUGGUCGAGAAGCAUGGAAUGGUUGUGAUGCCAAUUGUUUAGGACUUACACGCACGUGUCAAAUGAUUUGCUGUAAGAGGGCCAUGUUUGUGGUUUUAAAAUAAAUGAUAUCUACUACAGAAUAAUGAAAUCAAAUCAAAAAAUAUUCAAAGGAAUUAUCGUCGUAUAGACUUGCAAGUAAACCACUAUAGCUAUAUCAGUGGGAAUAACCUGUAAGGUUUUUAAAACCCAAUCUUGGUUUAUUUUUAUUUUUUCCUUUAGAAGAAAUCAAGCCUUAAUAAAAUAUUUAGCAUCAAG